AUGCACUACGCAGAGCUGGUUGUGUUGCUUUGCGCCUUCGCCUCCGCUCAAGCCGGAGUGAUCAGUCCACUAACUUACGCAGCACACCCAGUUGCAUACGCGGCAGCUCCAGUCGUCCACGCCGCACCAGUCGUCCACGCCCCAGUCGCCAAAGUCGUUGAGGAAUACGAUGCACACCCCCAAUACAGCUUCGCUUACGACGUGCAGGACGGUCUGACCGGCGAUUCUAAGAGCCAACACGAAACUCGCGAUGGUGAUGUCGUCCAGGGCUCCUACUCUGUUGUUGACCCAGAUGGUACCAAGCGCACCGUGGAAUACACAGCUGACCCCCACAACGGUUUCAACGCUGUUGUCCACAAGGAAGCAUUAGGUGUGAAAGCAGUCGCUCCUGUUGCUAAAGUUGCGUACGCUGCAUCUCCAGUUGUCCACGCCGCACCAGUGUUCCAUGCCGCCCCAGUCGCUUACUCAUCUCCCAUCUACCACCAUUAA